AGCAGUAGCGCGUUGUUGAUUAUUUCAUCAGAGAUCGGGAAAUUUGAGCUGAUGAUGAGUGACCGCUCGGCGCAUUGGGCCAUCACGCGCGAGAGAUGGUGGCGGCGAGGCGUCUGGCGUCGUUCGCCGCGCGUAGGGCGUUCGCGUCCGCCCCUAGGGUCCCCGGACCGGGCACGCCCCCUCCCCCCGGCGGCUUCAAGCAGCCCCCGGUCCCGGAGAGCCUGCGUGGCGUCCAGAGGAUCAUCGCGGUCGCGUCGGGCAAGGGCGGCGUCGGCAAGUCCACGACCGCGGUGAACCUCGCGUGCGCCACCGCGCGCGCGCUGAAUCUGCGCGUGGGUUUACUGGACGCCGAUGUCUUCGGUCCGUCGGUGCCCAUCCUGAUGAACCUGGCGGAAGCGGGGAUGCCCGCGAUCGACGAGCGGAAGCGGAUGCUCCCGCUGGAGAACUACGGCGUGAAGUGCAUGUCGAUGGGGUUCCUCAUCCCGGAGGAACGGGCGGCGGUGUGGCGCGGGCCGAUGGUGAUGGGCGCGCUGGGGAAGAUGGUGAGGGACACCGCGUGGGCGCCCCUGGACGUGCUCUUCGUGGACAUGCCACCGGGCACGGGCGACGCGCAGAUCAGCAUCUCUCAGCAGAUCCCCCUCACCGGGGCGGUCAUAGUUUCAACCCCGCAGGAAAUCGCCCUCGCGGACGUGCGCAGGGGGGUGAACAUGUACACGAAGGUCGCCGCGCCCAUCCUCGGGUUCGUGGAGAACAUGGCGCACUUCGUGGACGCCGACGGGCGAAAGGUUUACGUCUUCGGCCAAGGCGGCGUGAGGAGAACGGCGGAGGAGCACGGGGUGGAGCUGCUCGGGGAGGUGCCGCUCGACCCGAGCAUAGGGACGAGCUCGGACGCGGGACGACCCGUCGCGGUGUCUGCGCCGGACGGAGGCGCGGGGAGACUGUACGAGGCGAUGGCGCGGCGGCUCAUCGAGAAGACAGCGCCCUUCCCGGAGCCGUCGUAGCCAAACGAGAUUGCCGUUGGGGAAAAAAUAGAUUUUUU